AUGGCGCCACCGGCAAAGAAAAAAUGUUCUGGGUGUAAAGAAAAUAUUGAAGACCGAAGAUUCUUACAAUGCUCCAAAUGUAAUAGAUUGUACGAUUUAUUGUGCGCAAAUGUUCCCGAAACACGGUUCUAUAGUACGAUGACGGAAGACCAUAAAAAGAAAUGGAUUUGUCAGCUAUGCAAGUCGCAACAACCAAAGGGUGAUAACACGGAUUCACCUGCGCGAACAGGAAGAGAUGACGAUAACUUUUCCGAGUCAGAGAACAAUGUGACAUUUCGUAAGAACAGCAAUGUGAAAAUCUGUCCAUGCAUUUCAGCUGAUGAAAUCCGUAAAAUCUUCAGAGCCGAGUUCCAAAGUUCAAUGAGGCAAAUAACCGAAGGAAACAUUACUCAACUACAAGAGAUGAAGAAAGUUAUCGCGGAGUUCAAGGCGUCCAUAACUUUCUUUAACGAGCAAUUUGAAGAAAUGAAAAAUGAGGCGUCUAUUCAGAAAACAAUAGUUGAGAACCUACAAAAAGAAAACGAGCAACUAAAGACUAAUAAUCUCGAAAUUACUGCCAAACUGAGGACUUUGGAUCAACAAAUGAGAGCGGCAAACGUGGAGAUACAUUGUGUACCGGAAUUUAAAACGGAAUCAUUGAUAUCAACGGUUAAACAACUUGGUAACGUUAUAAACCACCCUGUCCAGGACACUGACCUACAAUAUUGCUCCAGAAUAGCAAAACUAAAUCCUGCUAAUCCGCGUCCAAGAGCAAUCUUAGUGAAGUUCAGCAGCCCCCGCUUCAAGGAAUCUUUUCAUAAAGCAGCAAUACAAUAUAAUAAAAAUAACCCCAGUAACCGACUCAAUACAGGCCAUCUCGGUAUCGCAGAAGAAAAGAAGUCGGCUAUAUUCAUAGCAGAGCACCUGACGCCUGAAAAUAAACAACUCCAUGCAGCAGCACGCGCAAAGGCGAAAGAAUUAAACUACAGGUUUGUGUGGGUUAGGAACGGACGGAUAUAUAUAAGAAAAAAUGAGGAAAGCAGUCACAUCCCAGUGCUAAAUAAAAGUGUGUUAGACAAUUUAGCAGUUUAAUUUAGCUUAGUAUGUUUAAUAAUUGUGGACUCUAAUGCAUGUCUUAGUAAAUAUAUGUAUCAAUAAUGGUUACUCAUAAAAAAAUUAAUCAUCAAGGAU